AUGAGAAUUGAACUCCCUAAAUCUCUAUGUAACAGCGUCGUUUAUUGUUCUUACUUGAAUUUUUGUCGAAGAUGCAGAUCUUUGUAAAGACCCUCACCGGAAAAACAAUAACCCUCGAGGUGGAGAGCUCCGACACCAUCGAUAACGUUAAGGCCAAGAUCCAGGACAAGGAAGGUAUCCCUCCGGACCAGCAGCGUUUGAUCUUCGCCGGCAAGCAACUCGAAGACGGCCGUACUCUCGCCGACUAUAACAUCCAGAAGGAGUCGACUCUCCAUCUGGUCCUCCGCCUCCGCGGUGGCAUGCAGAUCUUCGUCAAAACCUUGACCGGCAAGACUAUAACACUUGAAGUCGAAAGCUCAGACACCAUAGAUAACGUCAAGGCCAAGAUUCAGGACAAGGAAGGCAUACCUCCGGACCAACAGCGAUUGAUCUUCGCCGGGAAGCAGCUCGAAGACGGCCGUACUCUCGCCGACUAUAACAUUCAGAAAGAGUCGACACUCCAUCUGGUCCUCCGUCUCCGUGGUGGUAUGCAGAUCUUCGUUAAAACCCUGACUGGCAAAACUAUAACUCUUGAAGUCGAAAGCUCUGACACCAUAGACAACGUCAAGGCGAAGAUUCAGGACAAGGAAGGCAUCCCUCCGGACCAGCAGCGAUUGAUCUUCGCCGGAAAGCAGCUAGAGGAUGGUCGCACCUUGGCCGAUUACAAUAUUCAGAAGGAAUCGACUCUUCACCUUGUGCUCAGGCUUCGUGGUGGCAUGCAGAUCUUUGUUAAAACCUUGACAGGAAAAACAAUUACCCUUGAGGAGAGCUCGGACACGAUCGACAAUGUGAAAGCGAAAAUCCAGGAUAAGGAAGGCAUUCCUCCGGACCAACAGAGGUUGAUUUUCGCAGGGAAGCAGCUGGAAGAUGGCAGGACCCUUGCAGAUUACAAUAUCCAGAAAGAGUCUACGCUUCACCUUGUUCUGAGGCUUCGUGGAGGGAUCUAGAUAUUCUGAUAUGGCCAUUUAAUCGUUUCUUUCUGCGUUAUUGCCUUGUUAUUUGGAAUGAAGAUCUUAUUUCUGAUGUUA